AUGACUACUUCUACGAUUGAACAAAAAGACGAAAACGAGCCUCUUUUGGCUACAGCUGAUCAGGUGCUGGCUCUUAUAGAGUCGUUCAUAGAGCUUGGAGUUCUAGUUCACGACAACCAAGGAACCCAACAAUCGCAUACGGCACUCACCCACAAGACCAACCAGGUGAUUAGUCAACUCUCUGGCUUGACUUCGAGCCCAUUUACUCACCAGUUCCCAAUUCCAGUGGACGUGAUAUCGUACAUAGAAGAUGGAAGAAACCCGGACAUCUACACUCGUGAAUUUAUUGAAGUCACUGCCAAAAGUAAUGCAAGACUCAAAGGCAAGAUGAAAGCAUUUGCACGUUUGCGAGAUGUUCUUGGAGAGAAGUUGGGCAACGAGUUUCCGCGAUUGGUGGACUCUAUCGAUGACAUCAAGAAGAGAACAACUCCUGAAGAAUAG